GACUCUACACAUUCCGUUGUGCCAACUUGCCAUUAGAUAUCCACUACUCUAGUAGUCUCGACUCCUUUGCUCCAUCCACCCAGCUGCACGUCUAUGGUCUAACGGUCUAUUCUCCCGUGAAUCUCCCAGUCAAGUCGCCUAUUGCGUCACAUGAGCAGACCGAGCAGGCUUCGCAAACUCAGCAGAGGAAGUGGGCUUUAGCGUCAACCCUUCGGAAUGUUCUGGUGUCUAUUUAUCCAAAUGGUCUUGAAUCCUCCCCUAUACGGCACCGUAACUCGCCGGGAGUGGAAGGAGAAAAGACAAAGAGGGAAGGAAAACAGCCUCAGGCACAUGGCUAUUGAGGAGGACAUCCCACCGUUACAUUCGAGGAGGGGACAAGAAAAAGAAACGGGAGGGAACGAAAUGGGAGCAGGGGAAAAGGAAAAUAUAAAAAAAAGGGAAGAAAAAAAACUGUUUGUUUGUAUAGAGGAGUUGAAUGGCAGACCAUUUCUCCAGUCUUCAGAUAGUGUGGCAAGUAGCCAACUACGGCAUCUAGGCAAUUUAUUAGUGCAACCCAAUGUUCGGGGGAAAGGGGUGAAAGACCUCUCUGGUAUUUGGUCCUAUAUGGCCUGUUACCUGGUCUCGAAGCCAGGACUGAUGGGCGGGAUCGGGUUGGUAUGAUGAUGUGCGGGUCGGGGGGGAGAGAAGAGGUCGGGGUUAUAGAGCGAGUCGUGGCGGUAGUGUGGCCGGGGCUAGGAGAGGCGGCGCAGGUGCGGACAGUGACCAUGCAGCUGGAAGAACAGCAGAGAGUUGCACUAGAGAUGUG